AUGGUUUUGCCACAAAUGAGAAGUCGAAGAAAGGGUCUCAUAAUGAAUAUAUCAUCGCUUCUGGCCAUUAAACCGACGCCUUAUCUGUCACUGCAAUCGGCGUCCAAAGCAUUUGUAGACCACUUCUCGACCGCCCUUUCGUACGAAUGCAGACACUAUGGCAUUCGAGUUCAGUCUUUGAUGCCAUCGUUUUGCUCCAUCGGAUCCAACAGUUGGUUCAAAGGAUUCAUAGCACCGGCACACCAGACAUAUGCUAACCGAGCCAUCAAUACAAUCGGUUCCACUCGCAGGACAACUGGCUAUUUGUGGCACGAAUUGCAUUACUAUCUGUUAGAUCGAUGUCCACAACCCGUUUGGUCUUCACUUUCA